ACAUAGAUAUUAGCUUUCCGCACAAUAUAGGUACAUUAUUUUAGUCAAGGUUUGGGUUUGGUUUAAUUAGGUUCUUCUCUACAAUAUCAAUGAAAAAACUCAUAGUUAUUAAAAAUUGCGAGUUUAUUGGUUGUUACAAAACAAAAAAGUUACAUAUGGUGUUAAACUUAACUAAGGAGUGACUUUGGAUGUUAAAGCGUGGCACUGCAUGUCCUCAGCAUACUUUUUAUAAGAUGGUACAUAACCACUGAGUGCUAAUCGCAAACAUGAUGACAUAUGAUCGUCAGUUAGUCGAUUGCGAUAUUUUGACUUAAAUAUCUUCCUUUCAGAAAAUUCAGACUCGCACAAGUAAGUUGACCCAAACAUUAUGUCUGAUAUAAUCUGCAUCAACUCAUUUUCAACAGAACAUGAGUUCAUAUUAAACUGACUUGCUAUUUCAGUAGCUAAUUCCUCAAUGUUUGUACAUGAAAAAAGAUAACUCAUAAAUGAUGCUAUAUUUGCCAAUUCACUGCAAUCAUAAAAACGCAUUUUGAAUUGUCUCAAAAUACUUGAUAAUUCAUCCUCAUACGUAUCAUAAUUCAACUGAGGAAUCCUUGCUCACAAAGAUGGAAAAUGUUUCAGAUCCUUUCUUUUCAGUUGAUCUAUCAUAAGUUGCAAUUUACUUUUGAAUGCAUUUACUGCGCUAAACAUCGCAAUAAUAUUUUUUCCUUUACCUUGAAGCUAAGCCAAGUUAAUGGUGUUUAAGUGCAUUGUGAUGUCAGUCAAAAAUGCCAAAUCAGUCAGCUAUUUUUCGUUUUUCAACAUCUGAGUGUCAUCUUUCGUCUCUUUCGUCUAGAAAAGCUGUUAUAAAUAUCGUGAUCGACCGUUUGAGCACCCCUGAUCUAAACAUGCAAACAGCUUUAUACAAUGUUAAGAUAAAGAUGAAGUGCUUACAUAUAUAAAUAAAUCAAGGUGCUUACUUUGAAAUAAUUAAAAGCAAUCUGAGAGGUGUUUUUGCGGUCUUACUGGAUUAAUAAAAAAUAUAACCACCUAAAUAAAAAAGUACAUCUAUACAAUAUCUGUGACUCACUGCCAAGGUUUUCUCUGUUUAUAAACAGGUAUCCUACCCACUAAUAAUGCCUCCCGUGUAUUGCUAUUAUGCUAUUUAUUCUCAUCAUUUGCAAACAAAAAAAAACUUCAUAGUCCACACGUUGAAUCUCAAUAACACACCCAUAUCUGUAGCUACAAGCUGACCAUGACGUCAUCCAAAGGUCGCGCAGUGCCUAUCGCCUGUUUGCGCGGGCGCAGAGAUCACUAGUGCGUCGUGUUCUUGCGCCCAAGAACGUCCUUUAUAAGUGUUUCGAAAUGCGGUUAACUCUUGUGUUGUUAGUGGUAGCGGCUGCCGCCCGUGCUGAUGAUUUAGCACAGACCGCCGGUCAAAUCUUCAACAGCAUCCUGCCCAAUCUGAUUAAUAACCAUGUGACGGGCCAACAAGGCAACACUGCGACUAACACCCUCUCUCAAAUCGGCACAGUCGUCGGUGGCGUAGUGGACUACGCUAAGAAAAAGAGUUACACGGACUUGCUCAAGCAGGUGCAAGACUCGACCACCGAUGACGACCUGCUGCGCGUCAGCGAAGAAAUGUUCAAUGGGGACCUCAACAAUGCCAUUAAUUACAUCCAGGUCAACUUGCAGGGAAAAACCAGUGCUAUGUCAAAGAACGAUGAAGCGCAAGCUAACCUUCUGAAUGUCCCGGAAAACGUAUGGAACGGACCUACAAUAAGGCCUUUCGUUGCUCUAUUUGAUAACUACCACAAAAAUGUUAUCAGGCCAGAAUUCGUCACCCCUAACGAGGAGACGGAACAAGUGACGUACAUCAACACUAUCCUCGCCACCGGCCCUAUGCGAAGUCUCAUGGCCUUCCUCGUUAGCAAAGGAUUGACCCAAUUGAACGAGUACCCUGAACAAGUGGAACUCUUGAAGAAGAUCUGGUUUACGAAAUACGCACGCCACUGGACCGGCUUGUGCAAGUGCAGUUGUGCCUUCGAAAACAUCUUCAUGGCGGAACUGAAAGGCGAUGAGGUGCUUGGUCUCCACAGCUGGUUGUUCUUCGCCAAGCGAGAGUUGGACAAUAAGGCCAACUACUUGGGUCACAUCGACAAAUUGGACCUGUCUGGAAAAGGGCUAAUCCUCAAGCAGCACUCCAUCCUGAGCAACACAAAGGACGCGCCCGAAGUGACCAUGUUCGUGGGCACAUCCCCCGAGCUCGAGACGGCGCUGUACACUCUCUGCUUCAUGGCCCGCCCCGACAGGCCCUGCCGUGUGCGGUACAACAACGUCCAGUUCACCAUACAGACGAAAAGCCUGCGCUCAGACAAUGUGCUGCUCCUCGAUACGGCUUACCCAGUAUUCUAAGAUAUGUUUCCAUAAUAAAACACAAUACUAUAUGAUAUAGGUAUCGACAAAGAUCUUGAGCAAAACAACAGACAUAUAAACUUGAGCAUGAUGAAGUUUUUGUACGUAAAAUUGCUACUGCGCAGGCUUCCUUGUCUAUGGUCGUUGGUCAAUAAGUUUGCUGGGGUGUAUACUGUGCAGUAGUUUUUAUCCGUUUAAUCACACCAAGGACGCAACAAACGAAGUUUUAAUUUAGGUAAACGUUAUGGUUUGUUAUUCUAUGGAUUCUAAUUUGAAUAAAAAAAAUAUGUGUGUAGUGUUUAAUAAAACAACGGUGCACAAAAAUGGUACUAUUAUUAAAGAUCUUCAUUAAUUUGGUUAUAAUUCUAUGCAUAUACUUAGUUUGUUAUUUGAACCAUUAUUGUUAUUUGUGGAAAUCUAUAGCAUGCCGAUAUCAUGUCUAUUUUAUUGAAUUGUUUUCAUUUUUUAUUAUUUUUCCGCCGUAGUAGUUCUAAACUAUAGUGACUGUAUAUAUCAUCACGUAAUUAUUUAAAUAGGAACAGAAACUUUAUAAAACUGAAAUUUAAUGCCUCAGCUCUUUGUAGAUUAAUUUAUAAUAAAAUAUAACUUUAUACUUAUUUGUGUUAGUUAUUUGCACCUAAAUAGAUAAUUUAAAGCAAUCUGAAGAAUUAUCUCAGGUCAUGCCCUACUUGAUAAUAUUCGAAUUGC